CUUUAUAGGAGGGAAUCUUGGUACUGUUUGUCUCUCCAUAUUACUUAAGAUAGGCAUCUCCCACUAGUUGCUCCAGUCGCCAAGGCAAUGAAGGUAGCAAUGCAGAUGGGGAGUUUAAUCUACUGUGGGCUGGCUCUUCUUCUGUUUUAUAUGAUGGAAAAGCUUUUGGUCCUUGUGUGGUGGAAGCCUACUGAGAUACAAAAACACUUCCGAAAACAAGGGAUCUAUGGUCCCCUUUAUAGGCCAGUUCUUGGAAGCUUGGCAGAGUUGGGCAAGAUAUAUGGGCAGGCCCCAAGUGCACCACCCCCGCAACCACCUUUUCAAAGCCAUCCCUGCCACUCUUUCCUUCGAUAUGUCUUCCCUCACUUACCAAUUUGGAGAGAGAAUUAUGGAAGCGUAUAUUUAUACUGGUAUGGCCGUUCACCUCGGCUAUCGAUCACAGACCCUGAAUUGAUUAAGGAGAUGACCAUGAACCCCAGAAGGUAUACUCAGUCCAUCCAGCAUCCAGUAGUUCAUCUGCUGCUGGGUAAGAGCAUAAUUGCAGUGGGAGGAGAAACUUGGGCCACACAGAGAAGGCUUCUCAACCCUUUCUUCCUCAUGGAAACCCUUAAGGGCUUGUCAGGAGUUGUACUCAGCGCAAUUGAAGAAAGAAUAGAGCGGUGGAACGAUCUGAUGGAAUCAAAUAAGUUGGAGAUUGAAGUGCACAAAGAAUUUGAGAGUCUAGCUCAAUGUAUCAUAGCCAAAGUCAUAUUUGGGAAUGAUGCGGAAGAAAGCCUGCCCAUCAUCCAGUUGCAAUCCCAACAAGCUGCCCUUAGCUCCCAAGCAGUGAGAACCUUCUAUAUUCCUGGUUCCAGGUUUCUUCCUACAUCCUUCAAUCGAAGGAGCAAGUGGUUGAGACAAGAUGCUGAGAGGAGGUUCAAUGAAUUGAUCGAUAGAAGGGAAUGGAGAGAAGGCCAGAAAGAGGAAGACUGGCUUUCUUUGAUGCUGUCACUGAAGACCAUGUCUCGGCAGCAGAUAAUAGAUGAAUGUUGCACCAUAGCAAUAGCGGGUUCAGAGAGCACAAACCUUCUACUAGCUUGGGCUUGUGUUCUUUUGGGUGUUCACACCGAAUGGCAAGACAGGGCUCGGGAGGAAGUUCACCAUGUGCUUAAAGGGAGCAGGCCAACUACUGAAAUCCUCAGUCAGUUAAAAACUCUGAACAUGAUAAUCAAUGAGACACUGAGGUUGUAUCCACCUGUCCCCUUUGUCAUGAAGAAGACGGAAGAGGAAACAAAAAUUGGAAACCUAAUCAUCCCUGCUGGGGUCGAUGUAGAGGUGCCCUUGAUAGCAGUCCACCAUGACAGGAAUCAAUGGGGCGAUGAUGUGUACCGAUUUAAUCCAGGUCGCUUUGCGGAAGGCAUCUCAAAAGCAUCAAAGCAUCCAAUGGCAUUCAUGCCAUUCAUGCAAGGGCCGAGGAUAUGCCUUGGGAUGAACUUUGCCAUGAUUGAGGCCAAAAUAGUUCUCACCAUGAUCUUACAGAAGUUCACCCUUGCCAUCUCCCCUAGAUACAAGCAUGAACCAGUUUGUGGUCUGACUAUGAAACCAGGGAAGGGGGCACAUGUCAUGUUCCAUAAGGUAUGAUUGUUCUGCAUAGAUAGUCUUGUGGAAGCCAGAUGCAAUCAUGAAGAGUGUUUUAUUGGUGUAUAACUAAUAAAGAAUAAAGUGGCACCAUAGCA